AUGGUUUCAUCACUGCUUACACCAAGCCGUCGUCGAUUCUAUAUUUAUAAAGAUCUCGAAGAAUUUGUCCAAAAAUACGUUCAACCGAUUGUCAUUCCUAAGUUGACUGUUCAUUUUGAUCAGAUAUGGCUAAUGAAUAUUGGUCACGCCCUUUUCGAUGGACUCUAUCCAGCUUAUCUCGCUUUAAUACGCUUUUCGCCUCGACAUUUGCAAUCAUUUCGUAUUUUGCUUAGCACGAGUGGUUAUAACGGCAAUGAUUCAUUUAGUCGAGAAGUUUACAAUCGUUUUGCUGGAUUGGAUACGCUGAAUGCGAGCAUUUUAGAAGAGAUGUCUAUUGGACAGUGGUUUGCAUUUGAAGAAUUUAUUAUGGGGAGUGGAGAUAUGUGUCAACGUUGUCUACAACCGAAUCUUCAACUGCCCGGAGGAAUCGAACUGAACGGAUCGCAACUUUUUCGAGAACGAAUGUAUAAGCAACAUGGUUUGAUGUCACGUACUCUUAGGCAAAAACAUUCCGCCGUACGACGUAAUUCCAACAGAUCACUUCACGCUGUUAUUGUGGAUAAUAAACGAUUUACUAGUCGUGAUCGAGUUGAAAUGAGUGCUGCUAUUCAUGAAAUUAAUACAUAUAGAAAUACAAACACAUCUUGGCCAGCAAUACAUGUUUCUUAUAUUAGUUACUCGGAAGCAUCCCCAAUUAAUGAUGAUACUCCAAUUAUAGAGCCAAAAUUCCUUGAUGAUAAUAUUAAAAUGAAACAACAUCUUAAAUUGUUACAGAACAUCGAUAUUCAUAUUACAGGACCUGGAACAGGACAGAUGUAUCAGACAUUCCUUGCUGAUGGAUCUGUAAAUAUAAAUCUCGGUGGAUUACAUUAUAUUAAACGUAAUGCAACCUUUGAUAAAUACCCAUUCUUUAUGGAACAAUACAUGACGAGUGGAGCACCGUAUAUUAGAGGACUCUAUUAUCCCAUUGAUCAACGAGCAAUUGGUAUUCGAAAGAAGAUCCUUGUUGAGCUUAUUCGAGAGGCUGCGCAAUUGAUUAUGAAUGGUUUCACGAUUCCGGUGAAUCCACAUGAUAAUUUAUCAGUGUACGGCCAUUUAUUUAUUGAAAUGUGUAAAAUGGAUAACAAAUUUUGUCGAAUAGUAACAGAUCGAUGGGAAGACAAUAACUUUUGGUGUUUUAGUACAUGGCCUGAAUCAAUUAUCUAUGAAGAUGGGCCAUGGUCACUACAAGGUAUUGUCGACGAUGAUAGAAAUGUGACUUGUUCAUACAAUCGAACAUUAUUAUAUGAAUUAAAACGAAAAUAUAAUAUUACUGAAAGAUCUGAAGCACUUUCUAUAGAACAAUAA